AGUCUAUGUCAGAUCUAAGAAGGUGCUCCUAUAUGACUGAAUGAGCAUGUCUAUGAUCCAGAAGGUUGCCCAUCGCAUCCAGGAGGCUCGGAGAAGAACUGGUACUACUGGAUCUGACUCCUCAAUCAUCAGUUCCUCUGAGCAGCCCCCAGUGUCCUACAGUAACAGUCCUGCUGGUGGGCAGGUAGACAGUCAAGGGUUCUGUGUUGUGGAUGAAACAGAGCGUACGGAUCUCGAACAAGUGACCGAGGAUUUGUUUGGUGAUUUCGACUAUGAGAACGAGAGAGAAGAGCCGAAGCAUAAACCACUCAAGCAAGAACCAAAGAGACCUUGGAGGGAGGCCAGCAAGGAUGUGUAUGAGCAGCAACUCGAGAUACUUCAAGAGCAGCUCACCUCUACUCUUAUAGAGAAGCAAACUCUAGAAUCUGAGUUCCAGAAGCAUCGUCGUCAGUCUCAGAAAGAAGUGGAGGAUCUGAGCAAAAAGGUGAAAGACUUGUCUGGUCGUCUCUCUGCUCACCGAGGUAGCAGUGACAGUGUGGGGGGUGGGAGCAGCACCUAUGCAGGGGGUCUGCAGGUGAGCACAUCUGCAGAGGGCUAUCAGGAGGUCACUAUGUCAUCCAGUGAAGACAACAGCAGUACAGGGACUAGUACAGGAACAAGGAGCAACAGCAUCAAGAAAGGAUUCAUCCAAACAACUAAAUAUUGGGUGUAUGAGAUUCUAGCUGAUUUCACGGAAGACCCUGGCUGCUUGGAAGGACCUCCCCCAGAGGACCCCCCACUGGCUUAUAAGAAGCUCAAGGAUAAUGUGCAAAGAUUCAUGCUGUCCAUCAAGCCGUGGAGGGAAACCGCUCAGCAUACUCAAGACAUACUACAAUGGAAGCACAUUGCAGAGUCACUUGUCAUAUUCCUUCUGUACAUGUACUGUGUGUGGAGUGGGUGGGUCAUCACUGUGGCUCUACUCGUAGCCAUCUUCAAACUGAGCGUCAACUACCUACACGCCAGUGGACUGGCUGAGCAGUUUGGAUUCCCUUAUCCCUACAAACCACAACCAACAGAAGUGCCUGGUCUAGCCAACAAGAUUCAACUGGUCAAGAAAGUGGCUCAAACAGCUCAGAAUGCCAGCUCUGAUGUUUCAGAUGCUCUGGAGAAAACACAAAACUUGCUGCUAUGGCACCAGCCUGAGGCCACACGACGGCUGUUCUUUUUUAUUUGUGCAGCCUGUGUAGCCUCCCUUUUCCUGUCCAACAGCUACAUGCUCACUCUUGUAGGUCUUUUUGUUGGAUUUAAGUUGUUCAUCAUUGACAACAUCUACAGGAAGUACCCCAAGGUACAAGAGAAGUACGACACUGUACAUCGACUGUGGAAGACCCUGCCCACUGACGCUGAGCUCUACAAGAGGCAAUCACUCACCGAGGAAGAGUUUCAGCACUCUCAGUCCAUUGAAAGUGUGUCCAGUGAUGGCAGCAGCUCCACCCAACCCUCGGGGCAUGCUGGUGACCACGCCUUCUCCCAGCGGUUUGCCCUCCCCUCUGGAGAGCACCCCCUCCCAUCCUGGGAUAGUGGCAAGAGAUGCUCCAUCAUGGACAGAGACAAGCCCCUCAGCCUCACUAGGAGCGGACGCCUCUACAUGACCCAAAACUACUUGUGUUUUGAGCGUAUGAGUCAUGCCCUGAGGGACUCUGAUCGUAUCUCCAUUCCACUCGUGGAUGUGGUGCUGGUCAAGAAGGCGAAACCAUUCGCCGUCCUCCCAGGGAGUGGCAUGUCUAUCGAGAUCACCUGCUCCAACAGAAAGAAGUACUUGUUCAGUGCUAUCCUGGGUCGAGACCAAGUGUGCCGGAACAUACUGGACCAGGGCAUGGUGCUCGGGUUGUCAUGGGGAUCUGACAUCACUAGGGUGGCGCCGUCCAAGACCACCAGCCCUGAGAAGGGUGGUGCUAGCUUAUUAGCUAAGGACUUGCAGUCAUUUUAAUUUUGUAUUGAAGAGUGUUUUAGUACCUUUAAAACUAUUUUAUUAGUCAUUAUAUAUAUCAUAUCAGUGUUUGUAAUUGUCUGUCGAAUAUUCACAAUGUCAUAAGCAACACAAGCAACACAACAUAAAACUUAUAAUUAAUUAGACCAG